AUGCUCACGCCUCGCUUCGGUCGGCUUUAUAAUUAUUUAUUUACUGGUUCAAAACCAACAUUACUGUCAAUAAUCAAAGGUCAGCCUGGUUUUAAAAGGUUAUUUUGUACUUCACAUAAUCUCAUAAUAAAAGCAUUAUAUCAAGAAAGAUACAAAGAUACAAUAAAUAAUAUUAUACAAACAUAUUCACCAUCGUCGUCUGAUUAUCAAAGCAUCGAACAAAUUGGAUCAAGUCUAAUUUCAUUUGCAAAGACCUUUGAUUUGCAAAUUAAUGGCAAUCAAUUAGGCAAAACCCAUUGCGAUGUUGAAUGUCAUACUUACCAACGAAUGGUUGAAUUACUAUUGAAAUUUGUCUUGUUAUGUGAACAUGUUCCGUUUAAACGUUCCCAUGAUCUCACGAUACAAGCACAAAACAUGGAAGACGAUAUGUGUGAUACCAAUGAAGCAAACAAAUCCGACGAAAUUGAUGACGACUUUUUAUCGAAAUUAGAUCAAAGUGAUUCGCUAUGCAAUGUGUAUAGAGAUGAACUUGAAAAUACUAAAAAACUACAGAGUUUCGGUUCCAUCGCCACAUUCUUGAAUUGCGGCGUCGUUGUUGGCUUCGACGAAUCUGCCAGAAGUGAAGGCAUGCGCCGUAUUCUACGGCACAUCAUUCGUAUCUUACGUCACGGUCCAUUACCGCCCGCAAUGUUAUAUGACUGCGCUUGUACUCUGAGACUUUUCAUUGACAAUUGGUUUGGCACACAAUAUUUGGCAGGGACGGAUAACAGUCGUUUCUUAAAAGAAAUGGCAUUAGCCAUUGAUCGCUUCCAUCAGCCCGGACACAAGAGACGGAUGUGUAAAACAACAAUGAGAGCCGAUGACCCAAGUCAUCGUGGUAUUUUCAACGGAAUUGAUUCAUCACUUUGUGAACGAUAUUUAGGGUAUUUAGCAUAUUUAGGGUAUUUGGGAUAUUUAGGAUAUUUAGGGUGUUUAGUAUAUUUUGUGUAUUUUGGAUAUUUGGGAUAUUUAGUUUAUUUAUGA